UUCAGGUCAUCGGGCACACCUACUAUUUUCAUUGGAUCGGAUUGAAAGAUGACCGAGCUGCGAAGUGAGCGGAUAAAUGGUAAAUGGGAUCGAUUCUUUGGACCGUUUUUCGAAAGUUGGGCUGUUUUCAAGGCUCCCCAGGCGAAGUCCCGACACAUUAUCGCCUACUGGACUCGGGACCAGUUGAAAGCCCUCGGUUUCUAUAUGAACUCUGAGCGACGCCGUUUGCCCAGGAUUGUGGCCUGGCACUAUUUUGUUUCGAUCCAACUAGCAACAUCACUGGCAUCUCUGUUUUAUGGUAUUAGUGAAUCCCUCGGUGAUAUUGUCAAUCUGGGACGAGAUCUUGUCUUCAUAAUUACGAUCAUAUUUAUUUGCUUCAGACUCGUGUUCUUUGCUCAAUAUGCUGGUGAAUUGGAUGUCAUAAUCGAUGCUCUCGAGGACAUUUGUCAUUGGAGUAUAAAAGGACCUGCAAGAAAGGAAGUGCACGAAACAAAGCGUUUGCAUUUCCUAUUGUUUAUGGCCUUGGUCAUUACUUGGUUCAGCUUUCUUAUACUUUUUAUGCUGAUAAAAAUAUCCACACCUUUUUGGAUUGAAUCGCAGACAUUACCCUUUCACGUCGCCUGGCCCUUUCAACUUCAUGAUCCAUCGAAGCAUCCGAUUGCUCAUAUCAUCAUCAUUGUAUCCCAAAGCACCACUAUGCUGUAUUUCCUGAUUUGGCUUGGUGUUUUUGAGAAUAUGGGUGUGUCUUUAUUUUUUGAGCUAACUUCUGCUCUAAGGGUUUUAUGCAUCGAACUAAGAAAUCUUCAGGAACUUUGCCUAGGCGAUGAAGAUAUUCUGUACCGAGAGCUUUGUCGAAUGACCAAGUUCCAUCAGCAAAUCAUAAUACUUACAGAUCGCUGCAACCAUAUAUUCAACGGAGCUUUUAUCAUGCAAAUGUUGAUUAACUUUCUGCUAGUCUCAUUGUCACUUUUCGAAGUACUGGCAGCCAAGAAGGAUCCCCAAGUGGCAGCCGAGUAUAUGAUUAUUAUGUUAAUGACUCUGGGACACCUCUCAUUCUGGUCGAAAUUCGGAGAUAUGUUUUCCGAAGAAUCGGAGCAAGUAGCCUUGGCUGUCUACGAAGCGUAUGACCCGAAUGUUGGAUCCAAGUCAAUCCACCGACAGUUUUGUUUCUUCAUUCAAAGAGCUCAAAAGCCAUUAAUCAUGAGGGCAACACCAUUUCCACCAUUUAAUUUAAAGAACUAUAUGUUUAUUCUAAAGCAGUGCUAUUCAAUUCGGACCAUAUUAGCAAACACGUUGGAGUAGAUUUAUAGGGCUCUUAACUCUCUUAACAACAUCUGAUCAUUACUUACAGAAACAUAAUUAGGACACAAACGCUUUGCUUGUAAAAUAAAUUCAUUAACAAGGAGCCUGCAUUUUAUGCAUGCGACCCCAAAAGGUCGCCACUGCACCCGAUGCAACUUGGAAUACUGUUCCCAACCGUCCGAAGAUUGGGCUCAUAAAUUGCAAUUGUAUGCGGAGCUCUGGAAACUGGAAGCUGGUUUUCUUUCAGACCGAUGGAUGUUGGCUGCUGGUCGCUGGCGUUUGACUGCUCCGUCAUUAGCUUGAUUCAAUCUUAUUGUUGGCAAUUAACCUUCGCAGCGAUGGGGCCAAACGUCUGAGGGUCUGUGGGGCUACGAUCCUGACAUUCUGCAGCAUGGACGAAGCAAAUAACUUCAUUUGCCACGACAACAUGGCAUAACAUGUCAUCUUCCUGGGCCACACUAAUUGCCAACGACAAGGAGCCCAAAUUAAUUAGUAAACGCCAACCGAUUAGGCCAAUAAACAAUAUCCGAUUCACUCACA